UGAUUUUACAAAUAUACACAAAUUUGGAAUUUAUAACAUUUACCACUAAAUACAUUCUAUAUUUUUUACGAUAAUGACAAUUACUCAGGAAGAAUUUAAAUAUGUUAUACAAAAACAGGAAAAGCAAAAAAUAUGUUUUGGAUCAGGAUGUGCCCGUGACACUUCAAAAAAGAAUAUGAGCCCAUUUAUGAGAUAUUAUACAUUAGAAGAUCAUCCAAAUGUAGCACCCAAUUCGUACGACGUUUUGAAAUCAUUUAAAUCAAUUAUAACUAAGCCUUGUCCUCAUAGCAUCAGUAAAAAAGGUUACAGUGGCAUUGCCAGAUUUGCUAGAAAAAAGGAACUCAGAGAUCAUUACCAAUCACCAUUACAUUACAAUGUUUCCACGUUUCCUAAGAUAAUACACAAAUCAAAGUAUCCAUUUGAUUCGAACAGUAAAAGACAAACAUUUAUUAGCAAUACAAUUCCAGGUCCAGGAAUGUAUAUUAGCAUUAAAAGAAAGGAACCUAUGUUAGAACAUAGUUUUGGCGGUAGAGUGAAAAUGAAACUUGGAGUGAAUCUUAAAUGUUGUAGUCGCAACACAGAUAUUUGCAAAAUAUGCGGGAAGAAACCAAUUGGCGAUUAUUGGCAUUUACAAAACGAAAUAUUUUUAUGUAGAUCGUGCAUGAGUAAAAAAUAUGAAAAAGAAACAAGUUCCAAUAGAAGAAAAUUAGAAAAAUUCCAGAAAAUACGGGACUGUUCAAUUAUGCAUCAACAUGACACUACAACUGCAAAAAUAUGGUUGAUGCAUCCUAAAGGAGCUGUACAAUGGAUACGCAAGGAAACUUAUCUUUCUACUUACUUCAAUGAAUAAAUUAAUUUAUGCUACAUACUUUAUAAGAUAAAAUUUGUUGUUUUAAAAAUCUAGCAAAACAAGUAAAAUUUAAUUUUAAUAUAUAUAUUAUGG